AUGUUUAAAGCCGAAGAAACCGAAGAAGAUCAAUAUGAUAAAUAUGCCUCAGUGCUAGGAAUACCGACUGCACGGCUUUUAUUAUGCGCACGCGGAACAAUGACAAAGACCGCGCGUGAGAUUGUUAAACUUGUACUUACACCAGAACAGGUUGCUGCAUACAAAAACAAAGAUGAUGUACCAGCCGAAAUUCGUGCCGCAAUACAUGGUUUUGUCAGAAAAUAUCAUUUAACACAGGUGUGUACUGAUCGUACGUUGAACGAAGCUAUUCGUAGUGCAAUUAAUAAUGAAAAAGGCAAAAUAACAAAACAUGAAGAAGAAUCAUUGUUAAAACACCCACAAUCAGCAGAAGACGACGAAAAUACCGUCGAAGAAUGA